AUGAGACGCUCCUUUAUCGCUCGCGCUGCGGCGGCCCUUCUCCUCUCCAGCGGCUUCGCCAACGCCGUGUACUCGAUCGCCUCAGACGAUGAAAUCAAAUCGUCGGCCAAGACCCUUGCUUACGAUCUCAUGAGCUUCUACGACGGCAACCUGACUGGCCACACGCCCGGUAUCUUGCCCGGCCCUCCGCCGAAUGGCGAUUACUACUGGUGGGAGGCCGGUGCCAUGUGGGGUACCAUGAUUGAUUACUGGCACUUGACCGGCGAUGCCACCUACAACGACGUCGUCAUGCAAGCCAUGCUGCACCAAGUCGGCCCCGACCGCGACUACAUGCCUCCCAACUACACGGCCUCGCUGGGCAACGACGAUCAAGGAUUCUGGGGCAUGUCCGCCAUGACCGCCGCCGAGAACGGCUUCCCGAACCCGCCCGAGGACGAGGCUCAAUGGCUUGCCCUGGCCCAGGCCGUCUUCAACACCAUGGCGAGCCCGGAAAGGCACGACACCACGUGCGGAGGCGGUCUCCGCUGGCAGAUUCCCUUCUCCAACAACGGGUACAACUACAAGAACAGCAUUGCAAACGGUUGCUUCUUCAACAUUGGCGCUAGACUGGCGCGAUACACCAAGAACCAGACGUAUGCCGAUUGGGCCGAGAAGACCUGGGACUGGAUGACGAACGUCGGCUUCAUCGACGCCGACUACAACAUCUACGACGGUGGUCAUGUCGAGCAGAACUGCACCGACAUCAAUAAGGCCCAGUUUUCUUACAACAACGGCGUUUUUCUCCUCGGCGCAGCCAUGAUGUACAACUACACGGACGGAGACACUAAGUGGAAAUCGCGCCUCGACGGUCUCAUCAACGGCACCUUCAACUUGUUCUUCCCCAACAACAUCGCUUUUGAGAUUGCUUGCGAGGAGCACAACACUUGCACGACUGACAUGUUGAGUUUCAAGGGCUACGUCGCUCGAUGGAUGUCGGUCGUGACCCAGGUCGCACCCUACACCGCCGGAACAAUUCUGCCGGUUCUCAAGACAUCGGCCGAAGCCGCGAUCAAGCAGUGCACGGGACAGGACAACCAGCGGACGUGUGGCUUCAAAUGGAGCACAGGCACCUACGACGGGACCAAGGGAGCCGGUCAGCAGAUGAACGUGCUGGCCGCCGUGUCGUCUCUCCUCAUCAACUCGAUCAAGCCGCCGGUGACGAAUACCACGGGCGGCAUCUCCAAGGGAGACCCAAACGCCGGCAGUCAUUCAGACAACCUGCUCGGAGAACUCAGCCCGGUAACAACAGCGGACAAGGCGGGUGCCGGCAUCCUGACAUUUUUGAUGCUGGCGUCCGCCGCCGGCACCUUUGGCUGGAUGAGUUUCGGAGCGUGA